AUGCUUAUCGACGGUCAAAAGUGGGCUUGUGAAGCUUGCAUACGAGGCCACCGUGUGUCCAGUUGCAAACAUCAUGGUACCCUUCCCCCAAUCUAUUCCCAUUCCUAUUUCCAUUUCCUCUACAACAUUUCCCGAAUAUAUGCUAACCGCACAGAUCGACCAUUGAUUCGUAUCAAGCGAAAAGGUCGCCCCUUCGCAACAUGUUCAAUCUGUCAUUCAACCCCCUGCAAAUCGCCCACGGACCACGCUCGUCAAAAGCGCGAGUCUGAGCUCAAACAUCCAAAAGUAACGCAACACACGCACAUGCCGUUCCUACAAUACCGGACUUCCCACGCUAGACUUUAUCCCCGGCACCAUAAUCCAAAUGGAUUUUUGCCCAUUGCGCCGAGACCGUCGUCCGGUGCGAAGAGGGAGUGCCGCAUAAGCAACGAGGGGGCGGGAGAGGGAGGAGCGGAGAGGACUGCUAGCUCUGGUUGUUUGGGGUAUUGGUCGGGUUCGGAGGAGGGGUCUGGGAAUGGGUCUGGGAAUGAGUCUGGAGGGUUGGUGGCUGUCUCUGGUCCUGCCAGUACCACUCAGAGUCUCUCGCCUGCGCCUGGUCCUUGUCCCGGUCCUGGCCCUGAUGCUGGUUCUAUUCCUUCCGAUCCGGUUAUGGGAAAUGCCAUCUUUGAUCCCACGUAUUCCCUUCUCCCUCCUGCUACGCUGGCGCAGACGGAUCCUCUGGGUCCGCUGGACAGUGUCAAUCCGUUUGACUUCCCUCUGGACCCGGCAUUGGCCGACGGUAUGUGUCUGGGGGAGAUGGAUUUGGAUAUCACGGAGGGAUUGGAAGAGGUCUUCCAGGUGGAGGAUUGGUCGCGGUAUAUGUGGUCGCCGGAGAAUGGGUUUGAACAUUUAGAUAUGGGGUAUCCCCCGGUGACGCGAUGA